AUGGCCGAAAAAGACCCGAAGAUGUAUGACUCUGAAACUGAGACAAAGGAGCAGAAUCUGAAUUCCCCAGAAACUUCAAAGGAGCUUGGGUCGGAUACCAGCUCGACGGGCGAGGUGACAGAGGAGGCUCCAAAAGCAACGCAAGAGUCUAUCGAAAAUGAAGAGCGGGAGUAUAUAACAGGGUUGAAACUUGGAAUGGUAGUUGUGGGUGUUACUUUGGUCUGUUUCUUAGUACUGCUCGAUACUUCUAUCAUUGUCACCGCGAUUCCCGUGAUCACAACCCAAUUUCAUUCCCUGGAGGAUUUGGGAUGGUAUGGUAGCUCAUAUCAAAUUGCUAGCGCUUGCUUGCAACCUCUGGCGGGGAGAAUCUAUACCAAUUUCCGCACAAAAUGGGCAUUUUUGUCUUUCUUUUUCGUUUUCGAACUGGGCUCGCUUCUUUGCGGCCUUGCGACAUCCUCGAAGAUGUUGAUCGUUGCUCGCGCUGUGGCAGGACUUGGAUCUGCAGGAUUGAUGAAUGGUUCUUUGACUAUUAUUUCAUCCUCGGUUCCUCUUCAUAAGUCACCUCCUCUCAUCGGGAUAAUGAUGGGAUUUUGUCAACUCGGAAUCGUCCUUGGCCCUCUCUUGGGAGGAGCAUUUACCGAAUAUACAACCUGGAGAUGGUGUUUCUACAUCAAUCUUCCGAUCGGUGCUUUAGUUGCACUUCUCCUCAUCUUCAUCGAUAUCCCCGAUCAAGCGGCUAAACCCCCAUUCAAACAAGUAUUCAAUACUAUAAUCCACAAUCUAGACCUCACAGGCUUCGUUCUAUUUGCACCAGCUGCUAUCCAGCUUCUCCUCGCUCUCGAAUAUGGUCAAAGCCAGUACCCAUGGAACAGUGCAACCGUUAUUGGCCUUUUCUGCGGAGCAGGAGGCACCUUCAUCCUGUUCUUGCUCUGGGAAUACCACCAGGGCGAUAAAGCGAUGAUCCCUCUUUCAAUGGUUGCAAAGAGAAAUGUUUGGUCAAGUUGUCUUGUGAUGAUGUCGAUCUUCGCCGUCACUUUGUGCACUUCGUACUAUCUUCCAGUCUACUUCCAGGCUAUCCAGAACAAAUCGCCCAUGUUGAGUGGUGUAUACAUCCUUCCCAGCAUCCUGUCUCAACUGGCGGUGGCCGUCACAUCCGGGGCUUUGAUUGGAAAAAUGGGAUAUUACCUUCCAUGGGCUGUAGUGUGUGGAAUUCUCACAUCCAUUGGCGGCGGUCUUCUAUCGACGUUGACCCCGACCACAACCACCGGGAAAUGGGUUGGAUAUCAAAUCCUUGCGGGAGCUGGCCGUGGAGCUGGUUUUCAGACUCCUAUCAUCGCCGUCCAAAACACUCUCCCGCCCAGUCAAAUAUCAAUCGCCAUGUCGAUCCUAAUGUUCAUCCAGACCCUUUCCGGCGCAGUCUUCCUCACAUUUGCCGAUGUGAUCUUUUCUACUGGCCUCAAAGACCUAAUUCCAAAGUACGCACCCAAUGUCAGUUCACAAGUCGUUAUUGCUGCAGGUGCCACUGGUAUACGGGACGUGGUGUCUACACAGAACCUCCCCGGGGUCUUGAAGGCUUACGCAAAGAGUGUGGACCAUGUUUUCUACAUGGUUGCUGCAAUGGGAGUGUGGGGAUUGAUCUUCUCUUUUGGGAUGGGUUGGAAAGAUAUUCGCAAGAAGAAGCCUGCUGCUGAACAGGUCUGA